AUGGGUUGUACUAACAUGUCAAGUUUUUUCCGCAAUAAUUUUGAAAAGUUGCUGCAAAUAAAGAAAGACAAAGAUAAUGAUCACAAGCGACAAAUAGAACUUUUAGAGUGCGUCCAAUAUUUACAUCAAUCGUGUCCACCGGUUAUCCAUCGAGACCUCAAACCGUCAAAUGUUUUGAUUUCACAAAAUAACAAUACUUAUAAUAAACGGUUUCUAAAACUUUGUGACUUUGGUUCCGCCACUUCCGACGACAUGACAUCCAUGACCAACACAUUCAGUAUCGGGACGUCACAAUAUACGGCACUUGAAAGAUAA